CGUUGUGGAGGUUUUUGAAAGAAGGUAAACAAAGUGGUCCUCGUGUAAACUGGAGCCUCCGUGUUUGUUAUUUUGUAGUUUCAUACAGUAUAGGCGACAUUUAUAAACCCUCGGUUACACUUUUUUAAAUAGAUUCAAUCUUGCACGUGGAAAGUUUAAGUGAGGGCUUUAGUUGCGGCGCAUGGACUUAAUUUCUAAGUAAAGGUGGGGUCAUCCUCUCCUGUCUAAAACUAGCUGGCAUAAACACUAUAGGUGUUGCCGCCAAUCAGAGAGCUCAGGCUGGGGUUGCACAAGGAGUGGCCGUCUGCAGAUAAAAUCCCCCUCCUGGACAUUCAGCGUAAAGUCCACUCCGGCAGAAGAUACAUCGCAAGGUAACAUACAGUCGAGGAAAGCAGACGAGCAGGAAGACAACCGCUUCAUUUCUCAGAAAACCGAUCUCGAAAGGUGUCUUCUGCAGCACAUUGAACUCCAGGUGCUCAGUAGGAAAUAUGUGCUGACUUCCCCACAGCCAUGGCCUCGGAAGAAUCAAACAGGAAGGUUUCCUCCAUCUUCAUCAACCUGUCACGUCCUAACCAAACCAACGUCAAGCAGCAGAGUGGAAACAAAAAAGGUUGGGUUCAUGCGGGGCCGUCCCCGAGGCCUUCAGGGUCUGAGAACCAUCAACCUGCUGGCCCCUCACACAGGACUUCAGAGUCGGAGGUCCCUGCAUCUCUCUAUUGGGGACACAGCACAGUAAAUGUGCAAGAAAACAGAAGGGAUGCUGCAGAUCAAACAGAUGUCUUCUCCAAUGUUUCUCCCUCUCCUUCUGCCCCUCUUCCUCCUCCUCCUCCUCCUGCUGAGAUGCCGUCAUACUCUGCAGAUCCAACAACACCAACACCGCCACCUCCCCCUGUAGAAAAACGUGUGCCACAACCUCCGACCUCUCACCAGCUGCCACAUUCCAACAAAGAGGGAAAAGCUGCACCGUCUCGUGGACCGACUCCAAAAAAACCAUCAAACGAGAUCAAGAAAGAUAACUCCAGUGAGAAGUCUCGAGGUGUGUGUGCUUUCUGUCGGAAGCCUGUACUGUUUUCUGAAGAGGGGUUAAACGCCUUAGAUCGGUGUUACCAUAAAGGCUGCUUCAGGUGCAGGUCUUGUCUGUGCCCUCUGGCGGGGAAAACCUUCUACCACAAGGCGGAAAUCCCUGAAUGUGAGAAGUGCAACGAGGCCAGUCUUGAAGUCUGCUUCUCUUGUGGCCACAGGAUCCGAGCCCGAAUAGUUCGUGCACUCCAGCGGACGUACCAUGUUUCUUGUUUCAUCUGCGUGACGUGUAAACAGCCGCUGAAUGAAUAUAUCCAGGAUGAUAAUGGAAAAGUGUAUUGUCCCCUGGACUACAACAGGAUGCAUGCCAAGACCUGCGGUGCUUGUCACAAGCUAAUCAUAUCCAGUGAUGGAAGUAUUCCAAAAUACGUUCAACUUUUUGGACGUGCUCUCCAUAAUGAAUGCUACAAAUGUGAGGGCUGUGACUUUCAGUUCUCUCCUGAAGACAGCUAUUAUCCUUUGAAUGGACGAAUACUUUGCCUCGAUUGUAAUAAAAGGAACCAGAACUGCUCAAAUUAAUGCAAUAAGGAUUGAUAAUUAAUUUGUUUUGUGCACUAAAUGUAGAAUCAUACUUUGCUGAACUCGUAUCUCGCUGAGAUACACAUAGGAGACAACUCUCAAUUUGACUUCACAUUAAAAAGUCAUCAUUAGAUAGUGAGAUUAAUGCUUUAUCGUAACAGAAAACAAUCCAAUACGUGACAAAAUCGAUUUUUUUGUCAGCCACAAAACUCAAGCUAUAGUCAUGUAAAUGUGAUCAUGUUUGUCUCUCACAAACAAUCAUGUGUAAUGUUGCAGCGUGUUUGUUUUUGCUUCAACAUGAAUUAAUCAUACCGAUAUCAUUUACACUAUAAAGUUUGUAUUUGUAAUGACAUGUAUUAUGUAUCAAAAUUAUGUCUAUUAUCAGUAUUAUUGUUGGUUUUUUUAUAUUGUCGCUUUUGAUCAUUUUUGGGUUUCCUUUUUUUAGUCAUAUAUUCAAUAAGUAAAAACAUAUUUUAAAAGCUUAUUUCAGGGAGGGAUGGGCUAUCUAUAGUAGGGGUGCACAAAAAAAUAAAUUCACAUCAAAAUUGGGAUUUUUUUUUUAAUCUAUUCCGCUUUCAAAUCGAUUUAUAAUUUUUGAGAAUUGAUUUUUGUAAUAAUUGUUUUUUAGAAUUUUUGGGGGCGGAAUAAAUAUUAUAUUAUUAUUAUUGAUAUUGUUUUUUUAUUGUUGUUGUUUUUUCCCCCUUUUUUUUUUAGUACUGUACAGUAUUUAUAUGUCUUCUCAAUUGCUUGUGUUUACAUUUAUAUCUUAAGUACUGUUAAGCUGGGAUUGGGUUAGAGUUGGGGUUGCUCUGUUUUCUUUAAUUGCAGUGAUUAAUAUUCUGUGAUUUUUGUUAAUAAAAUUUGAAAAAUUGUUUUU